CCCAGCGCCAGGCACCGGCGGGGACAUCACGGACGCCGUCGAUCAGCAGCUCGCGCUCAAGCGGCUCGCGCUGGCCGAAGCCGAGCGCCGUCUGGCCGAGCUGCUGCAGGAGGUGGAGGCUGCCGAGCGCAGGAACCUGGCCGCUGCACAGGAGCUGCAGCGGCUGGAGGACGCGGCCGCCCAGGGCAAGGCGCUGGAACAGCACCGCGAGUCCCUGCGCCGUGCGCUGGCGCGCAAGCUGGAGCUGCUGGGGCGGCUGCGCGUGGAGGCCGAGGAGCUGGAGCGACGCCUGGAGGCGCAGCGCACGGAGCUGGGGCGGCGGGGAGCGCAAGCGGCGCAGCUCCGGAGGGAGAUCGCGGAGGAGCGCGGGGAGGACGGGCGCCGGCACGCGCGCGAGCUGAGCGCCGCCGCCGAGCUAGCGCUGGAGGAGAUGGCGCGUCAGCAGCGCGAGCUGGAGGAGCGCCUCGAUCAGAUGCUGACGCGCAUCGCAAAGGAGACGGAGGACAUCCGGGACCUGGAGCAGCAGCUCACGGAGGGCCAGAUUGCCGCGAACGACGCGCUAAAGCGUGACCUGGAGGGCAUCAUCGCGGGGCUGCAGCAGUACCUGUCGGGCGUGCAGGACCGGGCGCGCCAGGCCGGCGAGGCAUGCGGGCGCCUGCAGCAGGAGAACGAGGAGCUGCAGCGCCGCCUCGCUCAGCUGCAGCAGGACAAGCAGGAGCUGGAGGUGGUGGCCGAAGAUGCGGACGUCAUGCGUAAGGAGGUGUUGGAGCUGGAGCGGUUGCUGCAGGAGCAGCAGGAGGCCAACGCGUCCCUGCAGGGGGAGCAAGGCGAGCGAGACGCCCAGCUGCAGGCCCAGCUCGACGAGAUGGAGAUCGAGCAUCAGCAGCUGCAGGACCAGCUGCGUGCCCAGCACCAGCGCAGCAAGGGGGAGCAGGCGGCGCUGCUGGCGGAGCUCCAGCGGGAGAAGGAGGCGCUGGAGGCCGCCAUCGAGCAGGCGGGUCAGGCGCGGGCCCACGAGCAGGAGAACCAGCGGCUGCUGCAGCAGCUGCGUGCGCUGCAGGCGAGCCCAGCGAUGCUGAGCAGGCGCCUCCAGGACGCGGAGGCGCAGGCGGAGAGGACGGCGCGGGAGACGGUGCGGCGCGACGAGGUGGCGGCGCACCUCACGCAGCUCCGCGAGGAGGUGGAGGGGCCCCGCGGUCCCCUCGACGAGGAGGAGGAGGGGUGA